UCCUUCUUUUGGGCGGCACAUAUUCUUGUUUUGUUUUUUCAAUUGCAUCUCGGACAUCAGAUGAUUUGGUAGAUAAUGCUGAGUUUUUGUUGUUUCCGCGAUUUUGGGGUCGAAUUGGACCGAUUCAUGCACGAAGUAUUUGCACGAUUCGGUUGUUGAUAUGGUUUGAUGUUCCCGUGUACUUCUGACAUCCUUUUGAAUAUGUUUCUCAGAGGAAUUUCAUCGAACACCUUCAGGUACGCUACUUCUACGCUGAGCUACAAGCACUUAUCAUGUUUUGGAUUUGCGUUUUCAACCCUAGAACCUCCCAUGGCUUCCACCAACACAAAUCACUCCCCGAUUGAUGAGUCCCUCGUAUUAAGCUUGCUUUCGGAUGUUUUGCCCAUCAAAAUUGACAAAUCCCUCGCCACAAAUUCGGGAGGCAAACAAUUGGAGAUCAGGGAGGUGGAUGAUUUCUUGCCGCCUGAAGAUAAGCUUCGAGGAAUCUUCCUGCAAAAACUCCGCGGAAAGGCAGCAAUUCAUCGCUCAUUGAGCAGCGUUGGCAUUGAACUAAACUCUGAUCUUUUUGCUAAAGUAGUUAAUCGAGGCAACUUAUGUGGCGAAUCGAUGGUUUUGUUCUUUACUUGGGCGAUGGAGCAACAACCAAAUUUCUGUAAUCCCAUCGAUGCCUACCAUAUAGUUCUUAAAGCCUUAGGUAGGAAGAAAUUCUUCCGACACAUGAUGGAAAUGUUUGAAGGCAUGAGGGAUAAAGGAGUGAGUCCUAAUUCAGAAACCCUCUCCAUUGUUAUGGACAGUUAUCUUCGAGCCCACCAUGUUGCAAAGGCUACAAAAAUUUUCAGAGAGUUAGGGCAGUAUGGAUUGAAGUGCAAUGAGGAAACUCUGAGUGUUGCCAUAAGAUGUUUGACUCAGCGGUCACAUGUGGGCGUGGCUUGCUCGUUGUUUAACAAAAUGAAAGAACAUGUUCGAUGUGAUUGUGCUAUGUAUAACAUUAUCAUUGGAGGGUGGUCGAGGUUUGGCAGGAUUACUGAAGUUGAGAAAUUUCUGAAGGUGAUGGUGGAUGACGGAGUCGAACCAGAUUGCAUUACAUAUGGUUAUUUGAUCGAGAGUUUUGGGAGAGCUCGCAGGGUUGACGACGCCGGUAAGAUUUUUAAAUUCUUGGAAGAGAAGGGAACUUUAAGCGUGGAAGUUUACAGUGGCAUGAUUGUUAACUACAUUGCUAUUGAUGAUAUAGACGAGGCCUUGAAAUACUAUGAGAAGAUGAUAAGUAGUUCAAUGGAGCCAAACUUAGAUACCUACACUAGAAUUAUACGGUAUUUUCUCAAAAUUCGGCGAGUUGCAGAUGCUAUUGAAAUGUUUGAUGAGAUGCUAGGUCGUGGGGUGAUUCCUCCCACAGGAACUGUGACUGACUUCCUUGAGCCCUUGUGUUGCUAUGGGCCGCCACACGCUGCAUUGAUGAUCUAUAAUAAGGCAAGAAAAGCCGGGUGUAGAAUAUCACUUACUGCCUAUAAACUUUUGCUUAUGAGAUUAUCUAGGUUUGGAAAAUUUGGAAUGCUGGUUAGUAUAUGGGAGGAAAUGCAAGAAAGCGGCUAUGCUUGUGAUGUGCAGGUUUACGAUUAUGUAAUAAAUGGUCUCUGCAACAUGGGAAGGCUUGAAACUGCCGUUCUAGUUAUGGAGGAAUCCAUCAGGAAGGGAUUCUUCCCCAACAAGAUCAUAUGCAGCAAACUCAAGAACAAGUUGAUGGAAGCGGAUAAAGUGGAAAUGGCAUACAAGCUUUUUCUGAAGUUAAGAAAUGCCCGUGCAGAUGAAAAUGCAGUGAGAUUCUGGAGGGCUAAAGGAUGGCAUUUUUAAGUAUGUUUAUCAUGAUACUUGUGAUUCAUCAUUUACUUACAUCCUGGUAGACAUUGAAGUUCAAACUAUGGAGUUGAUAGCAAUGUCAACCACAAUCAGAUAGAUACUUCCAAGAAGAGGACGGGAAGAUCUCCUCAGCUCUUGGCCUCGGGCCAAGAAUGCGACUCCAACACAUUUGUCACGAAAGCCACUUUGCCACGUCUGGAGCAGGCCAGCCAUCUUCUGCCUGCGACUUCAUCCUGUCCGCACCAUCCCCAUUGGCUUGGUAGGUCUACAUAACACAGCUUGCCAUGGUGCUCGACAUAUAUAGACAUAUACAUACAUAUGUGUGCGUAUGUUUAGAUGAUGAUUGCAGGUGUUGGGCUGGGACUUGCCUGUUGUGGUAUUCAUCUCUGUUGAACAACAGAUAGAAGGGGUAGAGAAGGUGGGACUCUCAUAUGAACACAGCAAUAGACGUAUUCCUCUGCUUUUCUUUAAUUCUUCGCCUUGAGAAGAUUGUACUUUUUCCGUCCACCAAAAGUCACUAUGUUGUCCCGCAAGGAUUGGAUGCCUAACCCUGAUGCUUCAGGUCACUUGCUACACAUGAUUUGCCUGUCGAGCCUGAUUUGCAAGGGAGAACAAGACCAACUAGUGCCGCCAUCAGCCUCCGCCAGGUUCACGACUAAAGAGAGAGUGCCGAUUUUAUAUACUAGGCAGAAUCGACACCAACCGGAGAUUUCCAUUCCUUCACCAACCGGUCUAGAGUACGACUACAAAAAUGUUAAACACGGCAAAAAGUUGGUUCAAUAUGAUGGCGAGACAAGCGAAAAGCAGAAAAAAGUUGCCCAAUCCGCAGCCUGAGACAAAUUCCAGUGAUAGGAAGGCCGCCGGGUAUGCCAUCGUCUUCGCAGCAGCCACCGGAUCCCUGGCGUUGAUGGAUAUUAUGUUCGAAGGUAGAAUUAAGAUUUGUGCAUUUAGUUGGAUGA